AUGCUGCUUUCGGCCAGCGCAAAUAACACUUAUUUGCGAGACGUGCCGUCUUCCCGUCUUGUUGAAACGAUUGGUAACAUACAAGCACCGAAUCAAGGCGGGACACUAGGACGCCUCAACUAUGUUGAAGUCAACGACCAAUACGCUUUCUUCUGCGGGUCCAUUCAACUACGUGCUUUUGCAAGGGGCGGUGGGGCCUUGGUCUAUCACUUGGGCAUGAAAGAUUUGCCGUGCACCUACUGGGACGUGCUUCCAGAUAGCGACGAUGUCCCGUGCGCUUCUUCGCUCUUCCAGCCCCAACUACUUCACGAAGCAUAUCACGUCUCUUCUACAUGCCAGAGCAACUGCGUUGCUGCCCAUGUAUCUUCCUCGGGCAAGGACAUGGACCGCAUCCGGGAUCUUCAUCUGGAUGCCCAGCUUCAAAUACCUCAUCCAUUACGAGGCCGCUCUCAACAACACAGCAACCCUCCUCAACUUUAAUCUCUCUUGACGACAACGUCCGAGACAUCUCCGUCUAUCUAGCUCACGGAGAAUCAAAUGAAAAAGC